UCGUGUGGUGGUUUUCAAACAUGUGAUGUGUAAUAAGUUGAUUAGCAACUGGCGAUACAUGAAUAUUCAAGAGUGCCUUGCAAUUCAGCCUACGUGUCCUAGCCAAGUUCGGGCUUUUCCUGGUAGGUGGCGCAGCCCUAUUGCUUGUUGGGGGCAUCUUUACGACAGCCGUGUGCUCAAUGACUCCCAUCUGCGAGAUUACCUUUCCGGGUUUGACCGGGAUUAACCAGGCAAACGCCAGAGCGAUGAUGUCACCGGAAAAGAUAGCGUCAGCUGCAGCCAUGGUCCAGGACGCUAUUGGGAAGUAUCAGAAGCUGCAGAAAGCUGCUAGUCGGUAGACGUCAUGGUAAAAGUUGUGAAGAACGUAAGGCUGAUGUAAAGUUACCCAGUUAAAACGAUUAUGGAUGACAAUAGUAAUUAGAAAUCAUUCAAAUAUAAAAGGAACCUUCUUAAAUUCUGUUUUGAAGCUUUGCUUACCAGAAUUG